GGCGGGGCGAGCGGGGGGCAGCGCGGCUCCGCGGCGCGGGGUCAGCGCGCAGCGCAGCGCCCAUCGGCCGCCACCGUGACCGUCAGCGAUACCCACCGGAUCGGCGGGGACCGCGCCUCACCCUAACGGGGCUUCCCUGACCGCGGAGCGCAGGUGCAGCGAGCGGCUCGGCCAUGGCACCACGCAGGACUGGGCCCAGCCUGGUGGCCGCCCGGGGCCCUGACAGCCACAUGCAGAGCAGCAGUGCUGGAGUGAUGGGCUGAACCCAUGGGAGGAAGCAGCACCUGUCCAGGUGGGUGCCCGGCAGCCCACUGGGAGGCGUGAAGGCCCGUUCCAGUGGGGGCAUGGCCAAAGUGUUCUUCAGGCUGCAGAAGUUCCUUCGGCGGACCCAGUUUCUGCUCUUUUUCCUGACUGCUGUAUAUCUCAUGGCUGGCAGCCUCGUGCUGCUGCAGCGCGCCCGCCUUGCAGCCCAGCAGGGACCACGUGGGGCCUCAGGCCUGGCACUACCAGGGCCGGACGUGGGGCCAGGAGCCAAGGACGCAGACCCUCACCUGGCAGAGAGCCCUGGUGCCCAACUCCCUGUGGGAACAGACACACUGCCAGAGGUGGAACCGUGGCACAGCCCUCGCUGGAUGGCAUCCCGCAACUCAGAGCUGAGGUGGCUGCGGAGGAGGUGGUUCCACAGGUUCAUUGGUGACCAGGAACCCAUGCAGACUGCAGGACUGAGAGCCAUGAGGGGUACCACGAAGCACAAAGGCACCUACGUGGGCUGCUUCAGCGAUGACUCGAGGGAGAGGACACUGAAGGGAGCUGUAUUCUACGACUUACGGAAAAUGACGGUGGCUCACUGUCAGGAGGCGUGUGCUGAGAGGGCCUAUGCCUACGCAGGUCUGGUAUAUGGUGCAGAGUGCUACUGUGGGAACAAGCUCCCAGCCACCACAUCCAGGCCUGAGGAGUGCAACAGCGAGUGCAAGGGUGAGAAAGGCUCAGUAUGCGGUGGAGUGAACCGGCUGUCAGUCUACAGAGUGGAGGAGCUGCAGGCGGCGGCACCACAACGGAGGAAUGUUAUCUAUCGAGGAUGUUUUAGAGCUCCAGAAAAUUUAACAGACACCUUUCCAGCCUCUUGGAUACAGCCCAAUUUGACGGUGGAGAUGUGCUCUGAAUUUUGCUCCAAGAAAGAGUUUCCCUUGGCAGUGAUCCGGGGGCAGGAGUGCUACUGCGGGUACCCCACGGGGCGCUUCCCUCUGCGGCAUGGCGCAGACAGGCGGCUCUGCAGCGCGAUGCCCAACGCCAGCAGCACUGCCACAGGGAGAUACUGCCUGGCCUACCAGACACCCGUGCAAGACACCCGCUGCACAGACAGGAAAUUCUUAACCACAAAAUCCAAAUGGUUCAUUGCUUUGUCAAGCUUCCCAGGGGCUGGCAACACGUGGGCUCGCCAUUUGAUUGAGCACGCCACAGGCUACUACACGGGCAGUUAUUACUUUGAUGGAGCCCUCUACAACAAAGGCUUUAAGGGAGAAAAAGACCACUGGCGAAGUAGACGGACCAUCUGUGUGAAGACACAUGAAAGUGGCAAGACGGAGAUUGAGAUGUUUGACUCUGCCAUCCUGCUGAUACGAAACCCGUACAAAUCACUCAUGGCAGAGUUCAACAGGAAAUUCGCCGGGCAUCUGGGCUAUGCUGCGGACCGCAACUGGAAGAGCAAAGACUGGCCGGAUUUUGUGAACAGCUAUGCCUCCUGGUGGGCCUCUCACGUUCUGGACUGGCUGAAGUACGGAAAGCGUCUGCUUGUCAUCCACUAUGAGGACCUGAAACAGAGCCUCAUCCCCAAGCUGAAGGAGAUGGUGGAGUUCUUGAACAUGACAGUGACAGAGGACCGCCUGCUCUGUGUUGAGAACAACAGGGAUGGGAACUUCAAGCGGUCUGGUGCUAAGCAAAAGGAUUUUGAGCCAUUCACCCAGGAAAUGAAAGAUCUUAUCAACAGAUACAUCCUGACAGUGGAUGAGGCCCUGAGGGGAAGAAACUUCACAGGGCUGCCCAGAGAGUAUGUGCCAAGAUGAUAGCAUGGGAGCACUCAACUGUGCUUACAAAUAAUUUUUUAAAGAAAAAGAGACUAGACCUUCAUAGCAUCUAAAGCAAAGAUACUUGAGGAGUCUGCUGAGCAGUGCAAAUUCUCUCCACCCCUGAGGUGUUCUUCAGGGCACUUCAGGUGUUCCAAAAGGCAAGAAGCAGAGGAUAGAAUUUUGGGUGGCAGAACAAGGUUGAGCCACACACCAUUGUCUGCCUGCAGGCGCUUCUCUGCACACAGACAGCCAGAGCCUUAAUGGCAGAGCUCUGCUGCUCCUUGCUGCUGGGGAUUUCAUGGCUACCAGUUGGAAGCGGGCAUAUGUAAAGGGAGGAAAAGUGUGGCAACACCCAUAAACAGUUUUCAUCUGAGCACUUCAGAAAACCUGUUCCUUUCUUCUCAGCACGACUCACAGUUUCCCUCUGCAGGACCAGCGGCCUGGCCCAGCCUGGCCCAGUGCUGUCACCAGCCACAGCCCCAGGGAUGGGAUGGAGGUCUGCUCAGCCGCUCACUGCCCCUGUGCCAGGUGUUGUGCCUGGGAGCACCCAGUGAGCAGCGCAGCUGGAGAGACUGCGAGGCACUUCUGUUUACGUGAAGUAAGGGAUUCCUUGAAAACUUGCCCAAAAACGUUAGUUUUAAUAAAACCAGAAGUUUGUAUAAAGGGAGCUGGGCUUCCUCUGUAUGUGUUGCUGGCACUGAAAAAAAUAAAACUACCACAAAUGAGACAUCAAGCGCACUUCAGCCUCAGGCCAUCCAGCACAGUCCCUGUUGGUGCUGGGAAGCUGCCUCCGGGCUGCAGGGCCCAUUUACAAAGCCAGAAGCCCUCUGCCAUCGGCAGUGGUGCAAAUGAAGGAAAGGUAGCUCUGCAGCUUACUUUUUUUUUACCCAGGAAAGUCCAGGAAAAUGCAAAUAGGGAAACAUUUAUAAUACAACCUAGAACAAAAGCAGCUGUAGCAAAGGGAUCUGGAAAGCUUUAUUCAGCUUCCAUUACCUGAACUCCACUUAAAACUAACCUCCAGCAUUUUACUUUUCCACCCAAGCUGUACUUCUUAAUGGUUGUCACUGAAAUGUUAAUGACAGAAAAGCAGGAAAAGCUACUGAAUGCCACUCCAAGCAGCUGUAAAACAUCCUUAAAGUUUGAUCACUGGGAAAAGAAUCCCUGAAAUUCAGCAAGGAAAGCACUUGCUUUAAACACCAACAGUUAAAGCAAUGCAGGCAGGGCACCAUAACAUCAUGUCAGCAAAUACCAACCUGAGCUGCCCUUCCCCACAGCAGGGCAAGGGGCUGAGCUGCACUGUGGGGCAGUGCUGGGACACCCCAUUGUGCAUGGCUCUGGGCCUCAGCACCACUCACCUUUGUGGUGACUUAACAGAGAACAGACUCUUUUCAAAAAUGGCAUUAAAACGCUCUGAAGGCCUGCAUGGGCACCACUUACUGCUGAUGGCUUGUAUCACAACCUGAUGAGUGUGAACCCGGGCCUAUGCACACUGUGCAAAUUCUGCACAUACUGCUCUUGGCCUCACACACAUGAAACCAUGCAGCAGAAAUUGUGUCCAAGGGAAAAACCAUCAGGAUUGUGAUAAUGACAUCUUAUUACAUUGCAUUUCAAUCCUGGCACAGGUUUGUGGAAUCAGCGUAAAGAAAUAUUUGGACUGUUUCAUCCUCAUAAAUGGUGAUGGUGAGGACAACUUGCAGACUCUGUGAGGGCUUUGUAAUUGCACAUGUCCUGUAAGGGAGACUCCAGGUGGCUUAAAUUAGAAGGGGAAAUAUUUUAAAUAUCCAUAACAUCUGUGAAUGCCAAAACCCAGCUUGCUAUAGCCAACCAAUGCCCAUAAAUGAGGAACAGCGUCUGUCUCUGUUUUAUAUAUAAUAUAUACAUAUAUCUUAUAUACACACACCUUACAUUUGUAGGUAUAUAAACACACAGAUAUAUCAGUUUGUUAUAUAUUCCCUAAGAAUUCACUUCAGAUACUAAGAGUAGCCAAGUACUUCUUGGGCCAGCAUACUAACCCUACUGCUGCCUGCACCACCAUGAGUUAUUCUCACAAAUACACUGAAUUCCAUCUUAUAAAGAAUUACAACAUUUUUUAGCCCUUAUUCCCAUAGAAAGAAGGCUGCAGAACCUUUGCCAUUUAAUGGCUAGGAGUCAUCUCUAAACUGACAGCCCAACACACAUUUGUCACUUUUGCUGCCCUCCUUAACUGUCCCCAGAUGUGCUCACAGACACUGAUCGCUGCCCCUCCCUUCCCCAACACCAUCUCACAAGUAUAAAUGAUCUGUGCAGCUUUAACCUUUUAUCCCAAGUCAGCAGUUCAAAAGCACUUGAAAAGACAGAGCUCUUUACCACCACUGACCUCAACCCUGCAGCAGGUUUGCACAGCAGACACCGAUGCUGACCAUAAGAAGGCUGGGCAGGCAUUAUGCUGAUCCAUGCAAUAUGAUAAGUGUUUGGUUUUUGUUAAACAGACAGGGUACACGAUUUAUUUGCAUCUCUGCUCAAUACUUGGACUCUGGUCAGACACAGGAGGAGAAAGACUAAACAUGUGGUUGGUACUGUCCAGGUCAUGGACUAUCAUAGAAUCCUUCGAGUUUGAAGGGACCUUUAAAGGUCAUCUAAUCCAACUCCCCUGCAAUGAACAGGGUACCUACAACUAGAUCAGGUUGCCCAAAACCUGAUUAGACAGUGCUACGUUGAUUCCAUAGGACUUCUGGCAGAAGACCCAUAAAACCUGACUCAGAUACCUAUAUUUGAACUAUUUUCCCCACAACUUGUUUAGAGAUCAUUCAUCCUUCCCUCUUCCCAAGGGAUUAUCUGCAAACAGAGGUUAUCUGUAUCAGUUCCUAGUAUGCUGCAGGUGAACCUCUCUGUAUCCAGAGGGACAGAGCAGGUCUCAGAAGAAGCAGACUGUUAGAGCUAGUACAGACUGCAAAACAAAUCUUACUGGGACUCCCUUACUUCAACCUGGUCACAGAAUGACACUUAGCAACAAAAUUCCUAGAACCAAAUUCAGUUGUAUCUCAGGCUGUCAUGAGUAAAAGCCAAAUAGUGAAUGUUAGGUUUUAUUGAAUUAUUCCUCCUACUGCAUCCAUUGCAUGCACACAUCCACAUCAUGGGAAACAAGAAAAAAAACAAUUUCCCUGCAAGGCAGGUUUUCCUAUGCUCAACAAGCUAUAUGCUCAUCAUAGUGAGCUUUAAUUAACCAGGAUGUUUUAGUCUGAAAAAAUAAGCUACCAUGCCAUUAAAAGCCAUGUUGAUGUUCACAUA